AAACCCGUUGGAAGAGGAGACCUGGAUGGCUAUGGAAGGAUUCCAGGGAUGGUUGGUGUUUUGUCUUCUCGUGUCCGAUCAACUUGUCUCAGCUCCAGCAUCCACAGAUCCCAAGGGAAAUGAAUCUGGAUCCAACAAAUGGAGACGGGUUCAGAGGCCGAGAAAGAGAAGAUACAAUGCGAUACAGGAACUGAACCCAGAAAUGACUGAGUGGACUUCCUGGUUUAACAUCGAUCACCCGGGUGGUAAUGGAGAUUACGAACGCCUGGAGGCCAUACGGUUUUACUACCGGGAACGUAUAUGCGCCUAUCCCACGGCGAUCGAAGCCCGUACUACGGAAUGGGUGCGGGCCAAGGAAACGGGAGAAGUUGUGCACUACAGGCCGGACAAGGGGUUCUGGUGCAUUAACAAGGAACAGCCCGAGGGCAAGAUUUGUUCCAAUUACCAUGUGAGGUUCAGGUGUCCCAUAGAGGCUCGCUGGGCAGACUGGGGGCCAUGGACGGACUGCACCGUCACGUGUGGCGGAGGUCAUAGCGUCCGCCGGCGCAGGUGUGUACGAACCUCAGAAGAACAGACCUGCGUGGGACGAGCGGUCCUGGUGAAGAAAUGCGGCCAGGCCUCCUGCCCAGGUUGCAGUGGAUGUAUGUGCGAUACCCAUGUCUUGCUGGGCGCGGUGCGUUCUGCUGAGGGGGCUUCCCUCGCCCACAGCAAGGUGGCCAUGGAGGGCAAGCCACACGUCACCUUGGCGAUGACGGGCGAAGACGGUUUGUUCAGGAUCCCCGGCGUGUGCUCCAGCAGCAAGGCCCGCGUACUGAUCGAGAGAAAGAUGUUCGCUCCCGCUGUGUAUCAAGCUGUUCGCAACAGCACCCGGAUUUCAGUGAUCAAAGCUGUCCUCAAGCGAGCAGAAAAGCCAUACGUAGUAAAACACCCAGAGACAAAAGUCCGAAUGGAGAACAACAGAGUGACCUUCUGCUGCAAAGCCAUAGGCAACCCACUACCGCAGCAAUAUUCCUGGUAUCACAACGGGACACUGCUGGACAAACAGAACUACAAGAUGGAGAAUAGUUUGGUGCUGAGAGGACUGAAGCCUUCGCAGGCGGGAGAGUAUUACUGUAAGGCUAGCAAUCAGAUUGGCUCCAUCAGGUCAGCACCGGCAACCCUGACUGUGAUAGCCAAGGGUCAAGUGAAUUGUAAUCCAACGCCAAUGGAGCAUCUCAUCAAACUGCCAGAAGAUUGUUUCCAAACGGCUACCAAUUCGUUCUUCUACAACGUGGGAAAGUGCUCAAACACAAGAUGCGCCGGGAAACUGGAUUUUGAUCUGCGCUGCAAAGAUAGUACAAACUACUGCUGCCGAGUCAAGAGAAUGAAGCUUCGAAAGAUCCGUUGUAAAGGGUACAACCUUCCCAUCAAGGUCAUCACAGGGUGUGGGUGUAAGAGAUGCAUAGAACCUAAAAUACUAGUCCGAGGCAGAGCCCGAGCUGCAGAUAAUGGAGAGCCUCUGCGAUUUGGACAGAUCUUUAUUGGUAGUGAAAGGGUUGGCCUGACAGGCUACAAAGGAACCUUUAGCAUUCAAGUCCCAGAGGAAACCGAAAGACUCGUCGUCCAAUUCGUUGACCCGAUGAAUAAGUUUGUGGAUACCGUUAAGGUCUUUCCCUUCGACAGGAAAGGCAGUGCCGUGUAUUUUGAGGUCAAGUUGAUGAGGAAAUCGGAACCGAUAGAAAUUGACUCCACACUAACCAACACCAUCGCUCUGGGGGAAAUGAAGGAAGAGGAUCCCAUUGGGGAGAUAGAGAUCCCACCAAAUGUCUUCCACAGGAGCAAUGGGGAGAUCUACAAUGGGAAAGUCAAGGCCAGCGUGACCUUCUUUGAUCCUAGAAACAUCACCUUGGCAAACACGGCUCCCAGUGACCUCAACUUCGUCAACGAAGAGGGCGAGACUUUCCCGCUGAGGACCUAUGGCAUGUUCUCAGCUGACUUCCGGGAAGAGGCAUCGAACGAAGCCCUUCAAGCGGAACGAGUGAAAGUCUACCUGGACACAGCCAGCAUCAAGAUGCCCGAGCACGUUCGCAAGAUGAAGCUGUGGUCUCUCAAUCCGGAGACUGGCUUCUGGGAGGAAGAGAGCGUCUUUCACAUAGAGAGGAAGAACCGCAACAAGCGCGAGGAGAGGACCUUUCUGAUCGGCAACGUGGAGAUCCGUGAGCGCCGGCUGUUCAACUUGGACGUUCCGGAAAACCGUCGCUGUUACGUGAAAGUACGAGCGUACAUGAGCGAGCGCUUUCUGCCCGGUGAGCAACUGGAGGGCGUCGUAAUCAAUCUGAUUAACCUGGAGCCUAUGGCCGGCUACACGGCCAAUCCUCGGGCGUGGGGGCGCUUUGACAGCGUCAUUACGGGAGCGAACGGAGCCUGCCUCCCUGCAUUCUGCGAUUCCGCGAGACCAGAUGCCUACACCGCUUACGUGACUGCCACCUUUGCUGCCGAGGAGCUAGAGGCUGCGGCCUCAAGUCCUAAGAUGAACCCUAAUUUGAUCGGUGUUUCGCAGCCUUUCCUCGACAAACUAGGGUACCAGAGGACAGACCACGAGGACCCUAAACUCAAGAAAACCGCCUUCAAGAUCAACCUGGCAAAGCCCAACCAAAACAACAUAGAAGAAACCAAUGGCCCAAUAUACGCCUACCAGAACCUCAAGGACUGUGAGGACGCCCCUAUAUCUGCGAACCAUUUCCGCUUCUACAGAGUGGAAGAAAACAAGUACGAAUACAAUGUGGUUCCCUUCGAGGAGAACGACUUGACCAGUUGGACUGGGGACUACCUUUCCUGGUGGCCCAACCCCCAAGAGUUCCGGGCGUGCUUCAUCAAGGUGAGGAUCAACGGGCCGCAGGAGGUGGUGUUGAGGUCGCGGAACACCGGGGGCACCCACGAGGCGACCAGGGGCCAGCUGUACGGUAUCAGGGACACCCGCAGCGUCCGGGACAUGAAGACCCACAAUACUUCGGCGGCCUGUGUGGAGUUCAAGUGUGGCGGGAUGCUGUUUGACCAAAGCAUGGCUGACCGGACUCUGGUCUCAGUUAUUCCCCAGGGUAGUUGCCGUCGUGUGGGCAUCACCAACCUCCUCCAGGAAUAUCUCCGCAGACAUCCCCCUUUGGCAGUGAACAAUGACACAGCCGCCUUCAAUAUGUUGGCCCCCGUUGACCCCUUGGGCCACAAUUAUGGCAUUUAUACAGUCACGGAUCAAAAUCCGAGGUUAGCCAAGGAGAUCGCCAUCGGACGCUGUUUUGACGGUACCUCGGAUGGUUUCUCGAGAGAAAUGAAGGUCAACGUGGGCAACGCCAUGACGUUCACUUGCCAGGAAAAGACCGUGACCCGCCAAAGCCUCUUCCAACGCCUUCAGACCUCCCCAGCCGAGACCCUGACGCAGAUCGGGAUCGAGAUGAGGAGACUGGGGGGCAUCCGACCUGCACAGUCACAAAUUGUAGCCUACCCAUCGGGGCAGAGCAGUAAUCGCAGGAACCAGAGGAGGAGAAAUUCAGAAAAUAUGAGAAGUGGAUUUCCUCAACAGUAAACCGCAAUGGACUUUCCUUUUAUCCAAAUAGAAUAGGGAUCUUGUAAAAUCUGUACAUAAAGAACGCCAUAAAAAAUGGCAGUAGAAUUCACACAUCCUAAAAGGGGCAUUUUCGAUACUUUGGGCUCAAAGUAAGUUGCAAAUUCACUUGCUUAAUCGUGGGGCUGUUAGGGAGAUUGGUUUAAGAUCUUGUCCAUUCACCUCUGAGAACCUAGGUUUGAAAAACUGAUGAACGUGAAUGGUUUAAAAUAAGUUUGGGCAAUUUCAACUUAACUCAGCUCCUAGCAAUCACUCCAAUCACUCCAUAACAUGGCUGGUGGAAGAAAUGAAAAUACUCUACACAGAACAGAGUUGAUUUAUAGAACUUGAUCGAUUAAUGCCUGAAAAGGGCUGCCCUGCAAUGAGAAACAUGACAAGGCUGAAAGCUCGGAAUUCGUUUGAAGUGCACCAUUAGCAACAAAAUUCAUCUGCAUCUCUUUGCACCACGGAAGCCGGGUUUUCGAAGAUGUGUACGUCUCGAAAGCUCUGAAGAAUACACUGUGUUGAAAGGGUUAAUGCGUGUCGUAAUGCAACCCACGUUUCUCUCAUGCGUGCGCUAAGAUGCACCAGCAACACUGCAGUGUACGUCUUGUCAGGGUUGAAGUCAGUAACAAUAAAGCCAGAAAAAUCAUCGACUUUAAAACAAUGGUCACCGAGAGAACUCCAACAGAGCAAAGUUUUAUCCCAAGUCCAAUUUUCCCAUCGAGCUAAGCCAAUUGCCCAUCUUAUCUAGACCUAGGAACAAGAGAAGACCUUUCUGCCCCGCCACAGCCCCACUCCAUGCUCUACGUACCACAAAACAAUAGAUCAGGGACAGCUUUGAGGUUCUCAGCUGAAAGCUAACAGAUACUCAUUGCGUCUAUGCUUCUCUGACGCCCUAAAUUACAACAACGUUAUUUCGAAAGCUACUUUUAAAAAAAAAAUUUGGCCUAAAAAGAAAUCCACAUCCCCCUCCUUCAGUUGGUAAGUGCAGAAUGGAUUGUACCUUUGCCCAACCCCAAAACAGGCACACACUUACCUCUUAACUCAAUUACUCACAUCUUUGCCCAAAUACUGUAGCAACAUCAUUCAAAUGCCAUCCACUAGGAGGAGGUGUAAGCAGUGUGAAGUUAGGGAAGCAAAUUCUACGUUCAGACCCAUUUCACCACAUUAAGAGUACUCACAAAGCUGAUCAGGAGGGAAAUAUAGCUUGUGGCCUAUCUGCUAUCACAGUGAGCAUCUUAACUGCCAUUUAACUGCACUGCAAAGCAGGUGAUGCUCAUUACCCAGAAAUAGCACUGUUAAAAAUAUUUAGCUAUUCAUCCAUUAAGACUUUGUCUCAACUGCAUUCCCCUGCACUGCACACAUAAUAUGGUAUUUAAUACACCAUUAGAUGUCAAUCUCCUAAAAGCUUUCCAUUUAUAAUAUAAUUAGAUCAAACCAGUGAAUGCCGCAUUGAUCAACCCCC